AGAGUCUUUGUGCACGCAGACAUGGGGACCUACACGUUACCAGAGGGAUUCACGGACUUUGACAUGUUUGCAUUCGGCUCUGCACUUCUUGUUGCAGGCCUGCUGGGAUUCUUCCUCAACAUCAUCAGCAUCCUGUCCUUCCUCAAUGUGAGGGAGAUGAGAACCCCCAGUAACUUCUUUGUGUUCAACCUCGCUGUGGCCGACAUCAGUUUGAAUUUAAAUGGGCUCACAGCUGCUUACGCCAGCUAUCUCAGGUAUUGGCCAUUUGGUCAAGAUGGUUGUAGUUAUCACGCUUUCCAGGGAAUGAUUUCAGUCUUGGCCUCCCUCAGUUUCAUGGCUGCAAUCGCCUGGGACAGAUAUCACCAGUACUGCACUAGACAAAAGCUCUUCUGGAGCACUACAGUAACUAUAUGCUGCCUAAUCUGGAUUCUCGCCAUCUUCUGGUCUGCUCUUCCACUCAUGGGAUGGGGCGUCUAUGACUUUGAGCCAAUGAGGACGUGCUGCACGCUGGACUACACCAGAGGAGACAGGGAUUAUAUCACCUACGUGAUAAGUCUGGUGUUGCUUUACCUGAUGUUCCCAUCCAUCACCCUGAUUUCAUGUUAUAAUUCCAUCCACAAACAAUUUAAAAAGGUCCACCAUCACAGGUUCAACACCAGUUUGCCCAUGAGGGUAAUGCUGAUGUGCUGGGGCCCCUACAUCCUCAUGUGCAUCUACGCCUGCUUUGAAAAUGUGACAUUCAUCUCCCCAAAACUGCGGAUGGUGCUUCCAGUUAUUGCAAAGACAAAUCCCUUCUUCAACGCUCUCUUCUACUCUUUUGGAAACGAGUUCUACCGGGGCGGCAUUUGGCAUUUCCUCACCGGACAGAAGAUUGUCGAGCCAGACAUCAAGAAGUCCAAAUAAAAAAAGAAACUCCGUGUUCUGUCCAACUAUUGACACCUUCCUUUGCCUUCACCGUAGGUUCUUCAAACAUAAAGCGAACAACGUUAAAGUAUCUAGAUGACUGUACAAGUAUUUCCUCCCCCAUUAGGACGGAUGGAGCUCGGGAUCUUGUCUUUAC